CCAGCGCUUCACCGUCAACGGGUUCGCCUCGCUCCGCUCUUGAAUCUGGGAUCCAUUUCCAGUCACGAACCCGAGAACCUGUUCUCCCGCCUCGUGGAUUUUUUUGGGCAGCAGGUUCUUCAUACACUCCGCGUGAAAGUCCCAUCUUUAGCUAGAAGAGAAAAAACCAACAGCACACAAAAAUGGAUGAGCAGGAGCGGAAUCUACAGAAUGGCAAGCAGCCCAGGAUAGUUUCUGGAUUGGAUCGACCAUUGAAGACGCCACCACCCGGUGAACAAUUCCGGGCAGUGCGGCGUCAAGUGGUGGCUGUUAUCCUGGCCAACGUGGGUGUUUUCUCUACAGGCAUGACCUUGGCUCUGCCCACCGCCACUUUGCAUCAACUUAAGAACCCCAAGGAGAGUGUCUACUUGACCACUUCGCAGGCUUCCUGGUUUGCUUCGGUCAAUGCACUGGCAGCACCACUGGGUGGUCUGUUAUCCGGCUUUUUACUGGACAAAAUCGGACGUAAGCGUUCUUUGAUUGUGCUCAAUGUCCUUACCAUCCUGGCCUGGAUUCUGCUCGCCACACCCAGCGGUUCCGAUCAGGCAGCCUUCUUCUGGCAGCUAAUUGUCUCACGCUUUAUACUGGGCAUUGGCAUGGGUCUGGCUAGUGCCCCACCGGGAGUCUAUGCAGCUGAGAUCAGUGUGCCCAGGACAAGGGGUAGUCUCAUUCUGGGCACCUCUAUCUCAGUGGCUGGCGGUAUAACAAUCCUGUACGGAAUCGGUUACUAUAUUCGCGAUGACUUCCGACUAAUUGCUCUGAUUUGCUGUGGCUACCAGUUGGUGUCCCUGCUCUGUGUUCUGCCGCUGACAGAAAGCCACUGCUGGCUGCUGUCCAAGAAGCGGGUGACGGAGGCCAAGAGGUCUCUCAAUUACUUCCGAGGAUUCAGCAAGUCGGAUGAAAUCACACAUCCCCUGGUCCUGGAGGAGUUCCAGGUCCUGCAGAAAUCCCUGCAGCAGCGCGAUGCUGAGGUGAAGGUUUCCUUCUGGGCAAGCCUCAAGGAACCGGAGGUCCACAAGCCUCUACUCAUCCUGAUGUCGCUUUUCGCCUUCCAGCAGCUGACGGGCAUCUUUGUGGUCAUCGUUUACGCAGCAGAGAUCUCCCUGGACGCUGGCAUCGAGAUUGAUCCGUUCAUGUGCGCUUUGCUCAUUGGACUGGCCCGUCUGGUGACCACUUGUCCAAUGGGCUACAUCCUGGAAUUAUGGGGUCGCCGGCGUGCUGGUAUCAUCUCCACAUUGGGAAUGGCUAUCUGCAUGCUGAUGCUGGCCGGACACAGCAAGAUAGACUUCCUCCGGGACAUCCCUUACCUGCCAGUGGUGGCAAUUGUGGGUUUCAUUGUGCUCAGCACAUUGGGCCUCUAUACACUGCCCUUCUUCAUGAUCUCAGAGCUGUUUCCGCAGCGGGUGAGAGGUCCUGCAUCAGGACUUACAGUGGCUGUGGGCAUGUUCAUCUCUUUCGUGUGCCUGAAAACGUUUCCUGAUCUUAAGGGGGCCAUAGGAAUGCGAAACUGCUUUGUGUUCUUCGGGGUCAUGGCUAUACUGGCCCUGGUCUUUGUGUACUGGGCUCUGCCGGAGACACGUAGGAGAACUCUACUGGAGAUUGAGGAGCAGUUCCGUUCAGGGAGAAGCAGCAAAUCCCGCUCUCAAGCUGAUGUCGAGAUGAAGGAGGUCUUUGUCCGCCGACCAGAAGAGUAAUGUCUUAAGCUUAGGAGAAUAUUAUCCUUAUAGGAUUCCGACGAGUGCUUAGUACUGUGAUAGAGAUUAACAACAACGGCCACUUAAAAAAUAAAACCCAAUAUUGAAAAAUGGAAUAUUAAAAUAAAGUGUCGGUAAAUUUACUAGCUUUUAUAAAUAUUUAAAAUAGUUAUAAAUGAGCUACAAACUGCCAAUUGCUUUGUUAUAUGGAUAUUUCUCAAGAAUCUUAUUUUUAAAUAAUAAAUAAAAAUUGGUUUAUUUUAAAAGGUG